AUGGUUGGGGGAUCUGGUCCAGUCUCCAACCAGUUUCACCAGCAGAACCACAGCUAUCAUCAUCUUCAUCCCUCAAGCCCAAAUUUAGCUUAUGCCAGCUCCAUCCCCAGCUACACAUCACAGACUUGCAACCAGGGUUAUGGGCACCAAGUCUACAUCAGCCAAGAAGCAGAAGGAUCCUAUUUCCAGAAUCAGCCUUAUUCGACCAACACAGCUUCAAACACUAGCUCCUUAUCAGAAGGAUAUUGUGGAGCUGUGCCAGGAAACGUGCAUUUCCAGCAGCACCCCUAUGGUCAGGAACACCAACCCUUGCUACAGGGAUACCCCAACCAUUCCCCCCUAUUGCACGAGGACAAGGACCUCUCCUGCCAGCCUGAGCAGGCAUCAUCUAACCCGACUUUUGACUGGAUGAAAGUGAAGAGGAAUCCACCAAAGACCACAAAACCCGCGGAUUAUGGGUUGACCUCCCAACAGAACAGCAUGAGGACCAACUUCACCACCAAGCAGCUAACAGAGCUGGAGAAGGAGUUCCACUUUAACAAGUACUUGACCCGGGCCAGGCGGGUGGAGAUCGCUGCCACACUGGAACUCAAUGAGACUCAGGUGAAAAUCUGGUUCCAGAACCGGAGGAUGAAGCAGAAGAAAAGAGAGAAGGAAGGAUUCACUGCUGGAGUCACCAAGGGUUCCUUAAAGGAGAACAGCGAGGCAUCAGACCUGUCCAGCUCCACCUCACCUGACACCUCUCCGAACUCUAUGUAA